AUUGGUACGCGAACGGGCGGGGGUUCCACGACGAAAUGGUCGAUAUUUUAGCUAUAGUAGGCUAUAGUGGCGCGAGGCUCUUUCCCGAGGCCAGUCCUAGUCCAGUCUCUCUUUAUAAUUGUCGCGAAAGAAAGGGCCGCACGCACACAUAUCGAUAGAGAAAAAGAGAUAGAGCGAGCGAGAGAGAGAGAGAGAGAGAGAGAGAGAGAGAGAGAGAGAGAGAAAGGCAAAAAAGAAAGAAAGAGACAGCUGACAUAACUAAUCGAGAGAAGAAGAAAGAUAGAAAGCAAGUAAGAAAGCAAGAGAGAGAGAGAGAGAGAGAGAGAGAGUGCGUGCAAAAGAAAAGAAAGAAAGAUACAUCGGUCCUCCCUCUUAUCGCGAUAAAUUGAAUCUCGAUCUCCAUCGAGAUUCGUCGUAUUUCUCUUAAUAGAGUGAUUAAACAAAGUGCAAACGGUAGCCUGUGUUGGAUCCUUGACGUCAGAGCAGCAACCCCGUGUCGUUCAAGGAUACAUCGUCUUCGUAGAAGAUGGCGAGCCAAGAUCCAAAGUGGCAGAAGGAUGCCGCGGAUCAGAACUUCGAUUACAUGUUCAAACUUUUAAUAAUCGGCAACUCGUCGGUCGGUAAAACCUCUUUUCUCUUCCGUUAUGCGGACGAUUCUUUCACCUCGGCCUUCGUGUCGACCGUGGGAAUCGACUUUAAAGUGAAAACGGUCUUCAGGAACGAUAAAAGGGUCAAGCUACAAAUCUGGGAUACGGCCGGUCAAGAAAGAUACAGGACGAUCACAACGGCCUAUUAUAGAGGCGCAAUGGGCUUCAUCCUGAUGUAUGACAUUACGAACGAGGAAUCCUUCAAUUCGGUACAAGACUGGGUGACGCAGAUAAAGACUUACUCGUGGGACAAUGCCCAGGUAAUCCUCGUGGGCAACAAGUGCGACAUGGAGGACGAGAGGGUGAUCAGCUUUGAAAGGGGUAAACAAUUGGCAGACCAAUUAGGUGUGCAAUUUUUCGAGACAUCCGCUAAGGAAAACAUCCAAGUGAAGGCGGUGUUCGAACAGCUGGUAGACAUAAUAUGCGACAAGAUGAGCGAAUCGUUGGACAAUGAUCCAACAUUGAUGGCAGGUGGUGCGGGCCAGGCCAAGGGUCAACGACUCACUGAUCAGCCGACCAAUCCAGCGAACACUAAUUGCAAUUGCUAAGAAGAAAUGGAAAGCAAAUGACGAUGAUAGAGCGAGAGAGAGAGAGAGCGAGAGAGAGAGAGAAAGAGAGAAAGAGAGAAAGAGAGAAAAAGAGAGAGAGAGAGAGAGAAAUUGUGAGAGAAGGAAAAAUAGGCAAAGAGAGGAAGAGAGAAAGAGAAUGUGUAUGAGUGUGUGCAUGCAUGUGUAUGAGAGAAUAAGAGAGAGAGAGAGAGAGAGAGAGAACGAAAGAAAGAGAGGGAGAGAGAGAGAGAGAGAGAGAAAGAGAGAAAGGGAGGAAAAAAUCGUGCUUUUUGCGCGUUAUGCUGGCUCUAGCUAGUCUUACCUUCUUCGUCGUUCCUUUGUCCUUUGUUAUUAUAUUAAAUAUUAUUAAAAUUAUUAUUAUUAUUAUUAUUAUUAUUAUUAUUAAUUAUUAUUACUACUACUAGUAUCACCAUUAUUAUUAUUAUUAUUAUUAUUAUUAUUAUUAUUAUUAUUAUUAUUAUUAUUAUUAUUAUUAUUAUUAUUAUUAUUAUUAUUAAAUGAUCUCUCGUUCGGUUCGUCGACAUUCUUCAUUCUUUUUCCCUUCUCUAUCUUUCUCGAUGCGAAGAAAUAGAAAUGAAAAAGGAAAAAAAGAACAGAGUAUAUAUAUAUAUAUAUAUAUAUAUAUAUAUAUAUAUAUAUAUAUAUAUAUAUAUAUAUAUAGAGCAUAUAUGUAUGAGUAUAUAUGCAUACGUACGUGGGGGUGUAAGCGUAUAUGUGUAUAUAUUUGUAUGUAUUUAUGUAUAGAUGUACGACGAUCAUGAGCCGAUCAUGCUGACGGUGCCGACCCCCUCCCUCCCCUUCCGCCGUCGCCGCCACCACCGCCGUCGCCACCGCCGACAUCGCCGCCGCCCCACUUUUGAAGCUUUUAUAUGUCUCUCUUCGAAUAUUAUCGGAGAUUCGACGUCGUCGUCCUUUUUUUCGAAUUUUCGAUGACAAAAAACAAAUUUACGUGUUAAUAAUUAGAAGAAAAAAAAAGUAA